UGAGCCUUGCUGCUGCGGGGUGUAGCCUGCGCUAAAUGGAACGCAGCCGCAGUCAGUCUGGUUCCUGUAUUUCAGCGCUUGCACUGCUAACUGUGUGGCAAAACAACUUUAUCACAACGUUGCUCCAUAUAACUGAGGUGUCCAUAUUACUCACAGAGACAGUUCGCAUUAAAACGGAGUGAGCAAAAUGCCCGCGGUGUCUAAAGGCGAUGGAAUGCGUGGUUUGGCUGUAUUCAUCUCAGACAUCAGGAACUGUAAAAGUAAGGAGGCGGAAGUGAAGAGGAUAAACAAAGAGCUAGCCAACAUCCGUUCCAAGUUUAAAGGAGACAAGGCUUUGGAUGGCUACAGUAAAAAGAAAUAUGUAUGCAAGCUGCUCUUCAUCUUCCUUCUGGGCCAUGAUAUCGAUUUUGGGCACAUGGAGGCUGUCAACCUGCUUAGCUCUAAUAAAUACACCGAAAAGCAAAUUGGUUACUUGUUCAUCUCAGUGCUGGUAAACUCUAACAGUGACCUCAUCCGUCUGAUUAACAACGCCAUUAAGAAUGACCUCGCCAGUCGCAAUCCAACGUUCAUGAACCUGGCCCUGCACUGCAUCGCUAACGUGGGGAGCAGAGAGAUGGCUGAGGCUUUUGUUUCUGAAAUUCCCAGAAUCUUGGUGGCAGGGGACACCAUGGACGGCGUGAAGCAGAGUGCUGCAUUGUGUCUGCUACGGCUCAACAGGACCUCUCCAGACUUGGUGCCUCUGGGUGAAUGGACAGCACGAGUGGUCCAUCUGCUUAAUGAUCAGCACCUGGGAGUAGUCACAGCAGCCACCAGCCUCAUCACCACUCUCGCCCAGAAGAGUCCUGACGACUUUAAAACCUCCGUCUCUCUGGCUGUGGCCAGGCUCAGUAGGAUUGUGACCUCUGCAUCCAUUGACCUGCAGGACUAUACAUACUACUUUGUUGCUGCGCCAUGGUUGUCGGUCAAAUUGCUACGCCUCCUGCAGAGCUACCCUCCACCUGAGGAUGCAUCGCUGCGGAGUCGUCUGACCGAGUGUCUGGAAACCAUCCUUAAUAAAGCACAGGAGCCACCUAAGUCCAAGAAGGUGCAGCACUCCAAUGCAAAGAAUGCUGUUCUGUUUGAAACCAUCACCCUCAUCAUCCACCAUGACAGUGAACCCAACCUGUUGGUACGGGCCUGCAACCAGCUCGGCCAGUUUCUGCAGCACAGGGAAACAAACCUCCGUUAUCUGGCUUUGGAGAGCAUGUGCACGCUGGCCAGCUCUGAGUUCUCCCACGAGGCCGUAAAGACGCACAUAGAAACAGUCAUCAAUGCCUUAAAGACUGAGAGAGAUGUGAGUGUUCGCCAGCGGGCUGUCGACCUGCUCUACGCCAUGUGUGACCGCAGCAACUCCAAGCAGAUUGUAGCAGAGAUGCUGGGCUACUUGGAGAGAGCAGAUUACUCCAUCAGGGAGGAGAUUGUGCUGAAGGUUGCGAUCCUGGCAGAGAAAUAUGCGGUGGACUACACCUGGUAUGUGGACACCAUUCUGAACCUAAUCCGCAUUGCUGGUGACUACGUGAGUGAAGAGGUGUGGUAUCGCGUCAUCCAGAUCGUCAUAAACCGGGAUGACGUCCAAGGCUAUGCUGCCAAGACCGUUUUUGAGGCCCUCCAGGCUCCGGCCUGCCAUGAGAAUCUGGUGAAGGUGGGAGGUUACAUUCUCGGAGAGUUUGGAAACCUGAUUGCUGGUGACCCACGGUCCAGCCCUAUGGUCCAGUUCAAUCUUCUUCACUCCAAAUUCCACUUGUGCUCGGUACCAACUCGGGCCCUGCUGCUCUCGGCUUACAUCAAGUUCAUCAACCUGUUCCCAGAGGUUAAAGGCACAAUCCAAGACGUCCUCCGCUCGGACAGCCAGCUUCGCAACGCUGACGUGGAACUUCAGCAGAGAGCUGUCGAGUACCUGAGGCUCAGCUGCAUCGCCAGCACUGACAUACUGGCCACAGUUUUAGAAGAAAUGCCUCCAUUCCCAGAAAGAGAGUCGUCCAUUCUGGCCAAGCUGAAGAAGAAGAAGGGCUCCAGCAAACUGCCUGACAUGGACGAUUCCCGACGGACUUUCAACGGCAGCACCGAACACACUGAGGACAUCGAAGUCACAAACAAGGGUCCCAGCCACACCUUCACAGACACGCUGAAUCUAAACACAACCCCUUCAGGAGCCAGUCUACUGGUGGACGUCUUUUCUGACAUCUCCAAUCCUGCGCCUACAGAGGGGUCAGACGAACAUUUUCCCAGGUUUGUGUGUAAAAACAACGGCGUUAUCUAUGAGAACCAGCUUUUACAGAUUGGACUGAAGUCUGAGUACCGCCAGAACCUCGGUCGCAUUUUUUUGUUCUAUGGCAACAAGACAUCCACACAGUUCCUAAGCUUCUCCACAUCAGUGGCCAGUCAUGACAUCAUCAACACUCAGCUGAAUGUCCAGGUUAAGCCUGUGGACCCGCUCAUUGAGGCUGGAGCUCAGGUCCAACAGAUUCUGAACAUUGAGUGUGUGUCAGAUUUCUCAGAUGCUCCUGUACUGAACAUACAAUUCAAAUAUGGUGGAACUUUGCAGAACAUCGCGGUCAAACUUCCUGUGAUGCUAAAUAAGUUUUUCCAGCCCACGGAGAUGACAUCCCAAGACUUUUUCCAACGCUGGAAACAGCUGGGAGCCCCUCAACAAGAGGUGCAAAAAAUCUUCAAGGCCAAAAACCAGAUGGACAGAGACGUUACCAAGGCCAAGCUGUUAGGUUUUGGUGUAGCCCUGUUGGACAGCGUGGAUCCCAAUCCUGCGAACUUUGUUGGAGCUGGAAUCAUCCACACUAAGACCACUCAGGUGGGCUGCCUCCUCAGGCUGGAGCCCAAUGCACAAGCACAGAUGUACCGCCUUACCCUCCGGACCAGUAAGGAGUCCGUAUCUCAGAGGCUGUGUGAGCUGCUCUCAGAACAGUUUUAGACUUAGCACAGCACCUGGCUUUUUUACAGUUUCUUACUUCAGAUCAGAAAUGAUAAAUUGUACAGUGUACAUUUUUGUUUUAUUUACUGGCUUUAUAUCUAACUGACCUGAAAAGUAUUUUUUGCACAUAGCUCUAGUUAUGUAUUACUGCUUAAAAGCUGCCUCGUGUAUGUGUCCUCACACUGUGAGCACCUUAGCUGAAUGCUGCAGACAGUGUGAGAUGCUCAGAAUGCUCAUCUGGGUCUUUCUGCAGCUCCAACACUCAUCAUUUGUUUUUUGCUGCUUAGGUACUGCCUUCAGCACUGAGGAGACUGAGUUACUGGCACUUGAGAGUCUUGUUUGUUUGGUAGUGUUUCACACGGCUGUUACACAAUCAUUCUGCACUUGUUGGCUUUAAAAAUAAAUUACACAAGUAGCUCAUAGACAAUAUUAUAUUGGAGGUCAGCAUUCCAACAGUUUAAUACAUGAUGUCUCAGGAGGAAGACUUGCUCUUUGCUAUUUAUAGAACAUAUUUUGUAUGCAUCAAUUUUGUUUCCACUUUGGGAAUUUUUGGUCACCUGGAGUUGUUUCUAUAUAGCAUUACAUAAAGAUUGUGAGGGGAAAGGCCGUGUUUUCAUCAAAAUAGAAAACUCCCAUGUAACGUUUGCAAACGUCUUUACAGAAAAUAUGAUAAAGGCCUAUUUUUUAAAAGGGAUUUUAAGAUUUUGUUUUUAAGAUGGGUUCUGUUGAGACAUUAUGAGCAGUCAGUGUUUUACCUGCAUUAGAUCACUGUUAACGUUCUUAUUGUGCAUAAAUACUGACAUGUUUUUAACAGAGGCAAGCAAAGCUACUACUGUUUGUUUUCUUUGCCAGUGGUAUGAGCAUUUUACCUCUAGACACUAUAUACACACACACAGCAGCUGCUGAUCAAAUGUUGCUGCAUUGACCCAAUAACAUAAUUUCAUGCUAUGCUAUGCAGACUGGUGCCUGAAUCCAUGUUAAAUUCCUGAAGCGUCUCAGCAUGAUGGCAGCUCUUGGUCUCUAAUUAUUUUAGCUAAAAACUAUCUUUAAUCUUUUAAUGUGCCGUCAAUGUUGCAUUUUAUUUAUGUUUUCCAUAUUUAAAGUACACCAUCCUGACGCAAUAAAACAUUGAAUUCUAUACUCUUCAUCCUAAUA